AUGGCUGACACCAAAGUUCUUUCACCAGCAAUACCUUCACAAGAUGAGGUGAUGACUGAAUCUCAACAACAAGUACAAUCAAAGUUUUCAUCAACAUCAACAACACAAAGUCCAACGUCAACCCCAAAUUCACAACAAUUUUCAAAAAAUCUGCAAAAGCAACCUCGAUACGAUAAAAAACCAUUAACACCUUCAGCAAUCUUACAAGAUUACAACAAUAAUACACAAUCAUCAAACGAACAAAAAAUGGUUUCCACGGCAUCAACAACUCCAAUCUCAACUAAUAACAAUACUCCCAAACGUGGGAAAAAUCAACAACAGCAACAACACCACCAAUCGGAAGAACUUGGAUCGUUUUCUUUCACAAAAAAAGACAUUGUCAAAGUUAAUUCGGUAGUAUCUGAUUUACAUUCAAACAUCACUUCCAGUAUUUGUCGUAGUGGUAAAUCAAGUUGUCGGAAUAGUACCAGCACCACCAAUAGCAACCACAACAAUAUCAAUCACAAUAAUAGAAACAAUAAUGACGAUGACUUAACAUUUAAGGAUUUUGAUUAUGAUGAACAAAUUAGAUUUCCUCGAGUCAACACUUAUUACACUUAUAACACCAAAAAGACUUCUUUUAGUUCUAAUGAUGAUAAACUAAGCACCAAAUCACAUCCCAGUAGUGAAUCAAUUUUCAAACAUAUUACAAAGGAACAACAAAAUCAAAAUCAAACAGAUCAAGGUGAAGAAGGUGAUGAACAACAUGAACAUGAUUAUAUACCGGCAAACUUUGAUUUGAAUCAACCAUUAAGAAGAUAUUCGGUACCAUUACAAUUAAAAGAAUCUCCCGAGGAACAAUUGUUACAUAAAUUUGCCGAAAAUAAUAAAAUUUACGAACGACUGAUGAACUCACAACCUGAAUCAGUAUCUGCCUCAGUAUCAAUAUCAGGUACAAGUACAGAAUCAGAACCGGAUUCGGAAUCAAAUAUCGAGUCACCACCACCACAACCACCACAACCACGACAAUUGAGAUUGAAAAAUCCCACUAAUUGUUCCAAAUCAAAAGAAACUAAUUAUAAUAAACAUUUGAAACCAUUAUAUCAAUUGAAAAAACCACUUUUAACUCCAGCAGUAUUACGACCAGCUUAUACUAAUGAUCAUGAGAAUUUAUCUCCUCCAACAAUCAUACCACCACCAACAUCAUCAUAUACCAUUAUAAUACCCAAUUCAGAUUAUUUCCAUAGUAAUGGCGGGGGAGGUCUACCCAAUUGUACUAAUGAACCGGUUCAUGAUCAUUGGAAAGAUAAUGGAUUAACUAGUAAUUGCAUGUGGUGUGUUAAGCCAUUUCAUAAUCCUAUUGUUUCUAUGAUUUGUGAUGGACCUAGAAGACAUCAUUGUCGAUUUUGUGGAUUGAUAUUUUGUGCUGAUUGUUUAGUUAAUAAAACCAUUUUAAUUGAUCAUGAGGCACGAUUUGUCAUUCCAAUACUACUGCUGACAAAUAGUAAUGAGACCGAAACCAAGACCAACAAAUUACAACAAUUUUUUUCAAAUUCUAAAGUGUGUAAGAAAUGUGGGAUGAUAUAUGAUAAUCUUAUUGAAGAAUUAAACAAACUGGAGAAUAAUUAUACCACGUCGUUUGUGUUGGUUGAUAAUCCAUUCAGAAAGAAUUAUAGUAAAAGUAAUGAUUAUCUGUUUGCACAACAGCAACAUCAACAACAACAGCAACAACAACAGUUACAACAACAAUCAUCUCGUCCUGAGAAAAGACUCAGUGUUGCAGAUGUGCCUAAUGAUUGGGUAUGGAGUUCAUUUUAA